AUAAAUGAAGGCAAUAACAGCCGUUUAAAGAGAAAUCAAAUUCGUCUUCUCCCCAGCUGGGAAAUUUUCACAGAACAAAAGUAGAAAAGAGCAUUUGUGGAUUAAUCAGGGAGUUUUACAUUGCAAAUGGCGGGGAGUCAUGAAAAAUCAAAUCUCAGAGUUUCUGCUGAGAAAGUGCUGAGAUUUCCAGGUGAGGUGGGUGUUAUGAUGUGGGAGGUGGGCAAAGAAGAUCCAAGAAGGGUGAUCCACUCGAUCAAAGUUGGUUUGGCUUUGUCAUUGGCUUCAAUGCUGUGUCUGUUGGAGUCACUGUCUCAAGGGAUUGGCCAAAAUGCAAUCUGGGCUGUCAUGACUGUUGUUGUUGUCCUUGAGUUCACUGCAGGGGCCACACUACGUAAAGGGCUGAACAGGGGCGUUGGGACGCUGUUAGCGGGACUGUUCGCGCUCUUUGUUGAGUGUCUCACGGCAGAUCGGCCUACACCCAGAGCAGUGGUCAUGGCAUGGACAGUUUUUGUCAUUGGAGCUGCAGUUACCUACAUGAGGUUCCUUCCCACUAUAAAGAAGAAUUAUGACUAUGGGGUCAUGAUAUUCAUUUUGACCUUCAGUUUGAUACUAGUGUCCAACUACCGUAUUGAUGAUACAACGAGGAUGGCGCGAGACCGCUUCUACACUAUCGUAAUCGGUUGUGGAAUAUGUCUUUUCUUGAGUCUGCUCAUCUUUCCAACUUGGUCAGGUGAUGACCUCCAUAAAUCCACAAUAGCCAAGCUUGAAGGACUAGCACAAUCUGUAGAAGCCUGUGUUGGGGAGUACUUUGGUGAUGCUCAGACAAAAGAAAUCCAAGACGAAUUGUUGAAGGAUUCCAUCGACGAAAACUGCAUCAAAGUAUUGGAUUCCAAGUACACUGAUGAAACUAUGGCGUUAAAUGCAAGUUGGGAGCCGAGAUACCGAUGGAAGUGUUACAAAUCUCCUUGGCAGCAGUAUGUGAAGUUCGGAGCUGCUCUACGCCGUUUUGGUUACACAGUUAUGGCUUUACACGGUUGUUUGCACACCGAAAUCAAGACUCCACCAUCUGUACGUGCUCUCUUCAAGGACCAGUGCACCCGUUUAGCUGGAGAGGUAUCAGAAGUGUUGGUGGAACUUGCUAACAGCAUGAGGAAUCGCCGCCAUUUUUCUCCGGAAAUUCUCUCCUGUCAUCUCCAUAUAGCUUUGCAGGACCUCAACACCGCACUACAGUCCGAGCCGCUGAUUCUCUCAGACUCGAUGAACAGAAAGGACUCCGGAUUCUCUCUUACGGCAAGCUUGGAAGCCAAUUCUUCUCCUGUGCACGAAUCAGCAACCGCAAGACCUCCUGAACAAGUGCAUGGCAUUCAGAAGGUGUUAAGGCCACAGAGGAGUAAACUUGUUAUAGCUAGCCUCGAGUUCUCCGAGACGCUUCCUUUCGCUGCAUUUGCUUCUUUGCUAGUAGAGGCCGUGGCUAGGCUUGAUCAUGUUAUUGAGGAAGCUGAACAGCUGGGGAGGAUGGCUCGGUUUAAGGAGUAUAGAGCGGGUGACGAUGUUGCUGUGACACUUGAAAGAACGAAAUCGGACUUCGUAGAGAAUCAUUUCCCUCCAUCGGAAGCAGAGUAGUGGGGAUUUUACUUUUUGGGAUGAGUGCCCUCUAAGGUUCUGGUGCUAUUUUCUUCUUCUUGUAGCCCCUUUUAGGCAUAUUAUCUUCUCAACAGGUCUCGUAUAGACCAACUGAUUUGAAA